GAUGUAAUUAUACGGGAUUCUUUCUUUUUUGGGAAAACUAAUUAUUCCUUAAUUCGUUGAAAGUCAGAUCCCAGCUUAAUGAAUAAAAAGGAUGUUAAUUUGAAAGAAUGAAUUAGGGGAGUGUAGUUUGGUUUGUGUAACGCUAAUUGGUUAUCGGUUUGGAACAGUCAAUUCCCUCCACCGUUCAAUUGCACCUUCCGUUUCGAAAUGGGUUAUUUAAAAGUUGUUUAAAGCAUGGUUUCCCCCUUAAUAUACGCCCGGAUGCGGCUACCUCCUUAUUGCCGGCCUUCUCUUCCCCUUCAUUUGUCUUCUUCUCUCUGUUUCCGCUCUUUCCAUCUGUUUCUUUCCCCUGCUUAUGAUUUGGGUUUUCUGGGAACUGCCUUCCGAAUAUGGCUUCCAAUAUUGGAAUGAUGGACAGCGCUUAUUUUGUCGGUAGGAAUGAGAUUUUGACAUGGAUCAACAAUUGUCUUCAGCUCAAUCUCUCCCGCAUUGAAGAGGCUGCAUCCGGGGCUGUGCAGUGUCAGAUGAUUGAUAUGACCUACCCAGGAGCUGUCCCAAUGCAUAAGGUCAAUUUCGAUGCGAAAACUGAAUACGAUAUGAUCCAGAAUUACAAGGUUCUGCAGGAGGUAUUCAAUAAAUUGAAAAUUGAAAAGCACAUUGAAGUCAACAGGCUUGUCAAAAGUAGACCUCUGGAUAACUUGGAAUUCUUGCAAUGGCUGAAACGCUACUGUGAUUCAGUUAAUGGUGGCAUAAUGAAUGAGAACUAUAAUCCUGUGGAGAGACGAUGUAAGGGUGGAAAGGGUGGACCGACGAUGAAGGGUUGCCAGAAGGUUGCUAAAUCACUGCAAACAAAUAAUAUGCAUAGCCCUGGCUCUGGUGAUCCAGUUGAACUAAGAUCCAAGCCAGGGAAGAACAGUGCAACGGGCGGGGCAAAUUCUUCUGGAGAAAUCCAAGCUUUGUCCAAGGAGAUUACGGACCUGAAAAUGUCCGUAGAUGUUUUGGAAAAAGAAAGGGACUUCUACUUUGCAAAAUUAAGGGACAUAGAAAUCUUUUGUCAGAUGCCUGAAUUAGAAGAUCUCCCGAUGGCAGCAGCAAUCAAGAUGAUUCUGUACGCAGCAGACGCGAAGGAGUCGGCACUCGCUGAGGCUCAAGAGUACAUAUACCAAUCGAAGAGGACUGACGCUGAAGAUGAAAAUGAGGAGUGAAUUUGUGUGAAGCUUCAAAUUGAGCAACAAAAAGCUGGAGCAUUGCCAAGCAAUCCCUUACCCAUCACUCAUUUCCAUCCAUCACUUAUGUUCUCUAAUGAAAUGAAGACUUACAAAAUUCCUUGUAUGAUUGUUAGCUGGACUUCGACCAUUGGGCUUUUAAUAACAACAGAUAUGCUCAAACCAUUAGCCUGCCUU